UUUUCUUAAUUAAGCGAAACGCAUGCACUCAUUUUAUUUUUCUCUCUAACUUAUAUUUUUUCUAUCUAUCCAUUUAUAAUAUUGAUAUAUCAAAAUAUAACACUUUGUUGUUAAUUAUUGUUUCCUUUUGGAACCCCUCGUGAUUGCUCUUAAGACCGAGUCAGGCGGCGGAGAAUCGGCAUGACUCGGCGGUGCUCUCACUGCAGCAACAACGGCCACAACUCACGGACAUGUCCGUCGAGAGGUGGCGCCGGGGUGAAAAUCUUCGGUGUUAGGUUAACGGAUGGAUCAAUCAUCCAAAAGAGCGCGAGUAUGGGAAAUCUAACCCUCGCUAAUCAUCAUCAUUGUUCUUCUUCUUCUUCGACAUACGCUGGUUCAUCGCUUAAUCCUGGUUCACCUUGCUCCGACCCGCCUCAUGACCCGGAUGGUUACUUGUCCGAUGACCCGGCUCAUGCAUCCACCUUCGCCACCCGCCGCGGUGAGAAAAAGAAAGGUGUUCCAUGGACUGAAGAAGAACAUCGGUUGUUCUUGGUUGGUCUCCGGAAGCUAGGCAAAGGAGACUGGCGUGGCAUAGCACGUAAUUUUGUUGUGUCAAGGACCCCUACUCAAGUAGCAAGUCAUGCCCAGAAGUACUUUAUCCGGCAGAGUGCUACCAGGAAAAAGAGACGUUCCAGCCUUUUCGACAUGGCUCCAGAUAUGUGUCCAGAUUCAACUUCAAUGCCAGAAGAACAAGCACUACUUCCACCAUCUGAGAACUCACAACCUUGUAAUGGAAAAUCACAGCCAUCAUUAAACCUCUCUCUAAAGUCAGAAUAUGAACCCAUGGAAACUACUUCCGAAGAAAAUGUAGAAGAGACCAAUGAAACUUCAAAGGUAUUGACACCAAUGACUCAAAGAUUCUUCCCAUCUUAUUUACCUGUACCAUUUUCCAUAUGGCCAUCAAUUGGAGCUCCCAUUGAAGAAUUCAACAGAGGAGAGACAUCUCAAUAUCAUCAUCAGGUCCUCAAGCCAAUACCGGUCAUUCCAAAGGAACCCGUCAAUGUUGAUGAACUUGUGGGAAUGUCUCAUCUGUGCAUUGGGGAAACACAGGUACUUGAUAGAGAGCCUUCCCCACUUUCCUUGAAGUUGUUAGGAGAGCCCUCAAGGCAAUCAGCAUUCCAUGCAAAUGCUCCCGUUGGUGGUUCCGAUCUAAACAGCAGCAAGAACAGCGCCAUUCAAGCAGUUUGAUGCUUUGAAAGUCUGGUGAAGACAGUAGUAAUUAAGCCUUCAUUUGGUCAUCUUUCAUUUGUGCUAUUAUAUAUUAAUUUUUUUUAAUUUUAUUUUGUCUGAGCCAUAAAUCUUCUAAGUAGUAAGAAGUCAUAUGGUGGUAUGUAGCUCAGGUUAGAUCAAUUCUUGGCAAAUAUUUAUUCUUUCUAACUGUAAACAAAAGUGAAGUUGAAAUAAUCAAAUACAGCCAAGAGGUCCCUGUUCCUCUAGGUUUGGUUAUAAUUGCCAGCACCAUGUAUUCUUUAUA